ACAGGACAGAUUUCGGUGACACGGUACUGUUGAGGUGACGGAGCAGACAUGAAAGCAGCGGCGGUGGCGAUCUUUCUGGGCCUGUGUGCUUUACUGGUGACCUGUGAGGCCGACCCGGGCCUUCCCGACACGGAACUGGGAAGAUUUUGCCAGGCAAUCAUUAACGUCGAGAAUUUACGAUCGGUGCGGUCAUCCCUUACCGUACCGCUAGGGGGCUCCCAUGAAGGUGCGCCGCUGCAGCCAAGCCCGUAUUGGCAGGCGUUAGCAGGUGGGUUGCCUAGGAUGGAGACAGGCCUGUAUGAGAUUGUGGACAGGGUGGGUCUGACUCAGCAGCAAGUGGAGGAACUGUUUGAUGAUGACAUGGAUGGACUGUUUGAACUGGCUGACCAAUCAGAGAAGGGGAAUGAACCUUCUGCAGGUAAAAGUUGUACUGUCACCUCACAAGCACCGUCCUACCAACAACUCAUGGAGUCUCUUCAGAAUGUGCAGCACCUGCUGCACCUGCCUAACCCUGUACAACCCUUGGUUGCCCCGCACCCCUCCAGCAGCCACACCUGCACCAGCCCAGCUAGCUCAGCUGCAGGAUCAGAUGGAGGCUGUAGCUCACCUCAGCAACAUGAUACACCAUUAGGCAUGGGUACAUGGCGGGGCAGCUCCGGUAUUACCAUGGAAGCCACCUCCCCUCAGCCAAGUGGAGAGACUGGCUACACUGGUGGUCUGACCCCCCAGUCAGGGAUGGAACACCUGUGCCUGGCUAGUCCCAUGUACAUCAACCAGUCAGACAGGGCGGGGCAUCACCAUAGCAACACCCCGCCCCACCCUGGCAGGCACAGGCGUUUCCCCGGCAACACCCCACCCCAGUCUGACAUGGAGCUACUCUUCCAUGCCAACACCACGCCUCCAAACUCCGGCAGGGAAAGGCAUCGUUUCCAUGGCAAUGCAGCUUCCCCGCCCAACAUGGAACUGCUUUUCCAUGGCAACACCACUCCACGUUUCCAUGGAAACACCACACCCUUGUCUGGCAGGGAGGCACGUUUCCAUGGCAACACCACACCCUUGUCUGGCAGGGAGAGACGUUUCUAUGGCAACGCCACGCCCCAGUCCAAUAUGGAGUUGCUGUUCCAUCAUGGCAACACCACCCCUCCGCAUUCCGGCAGAGGGAAGCAUCACCAUGGCAACGCCACGCCCUUGUCUGGCAGGGAGAGGCUGUUCUAUGAUAACACCACACCCCCUCCGGCAGUCCUGCAGUACCAGAGCAGCACCACACCCGAGAAAGAGAGGCUUUACCGCAGACACAGCGCUCUCAGGAAGGACUUCAUGAGAAAGCAGCUGAUUCGCAGUGCCCUGGAGGAUCUGAAGCAGAUGUUACCGACUGAUCAGUGCCUUGGGCGUCAGACGAAGGCCGGAGUGAUCAACAACGCAGCUGACUACAUCGACUGGCUGCAGAAGGAGAUCCAGAGACUGAUCACAGCACGGAGAGCCUCCUCCUGCAACAAUACCCCCUCCUCCUCCCCCGUAAAAUCACCCCCCUACCCCACGGGGGCUUACUACGGGGCACCCCCCUACCCAGGGGAGACCUCCCCGUAUCACAGUGAACUCCUACCUUCCAGUGGUGUAGGGGCAGAUGGUGUAGGGGCACAUAGUGGUAUAGGGACGGACAGUGGUAUAGGGGCUGCCAGUGCUAUAGGGGAACACAGUGGUGUAGACUUCGGCCUACCUGUGGACCAUGGAGUUGAACACCUGGCCCAGGGAGUAGCUUCACCAUCUCAGAACCACCAGCAAUCUGGAGAGUUUGACUGGGAGGAGAAUGAAGGGGAAACUAUGCCAUCAGGGGAGGUGGAGGAGGUCAGAAGACCACAGAAUGGUUUUAUCCGCUUCAGUGUAAGUCAGGAGUUCUUUGAUGAAAUGGAGAAGAUCCGUAACGAGCACCCGAGCUGGAACUACGGAGGAGUGCGGACGCCCAAGACUCAGUCCGCAACCAAGGACAAGUCUUCCCCCACCCCCUCACGCCUGCGUCCACGGGAGAGUGACCUGACCGUGGUGGGGACAACGGGAGGGAAGAAAAGAAAGUAUAAGAGAAAGAGUCCAGUCUUGCAGCUGGUGAACCAGGCCAUGUGGGUGCAGUGCGACACCUGUGACAAGUGGCGCCAGCUGUCACCUGACGCCCACCCGCACGAGCUGCCGGACAAGUGGUACUGCCAUAUGAACCAAGACCCAAACUUCAACAGCUGCGAGGCCCCUGAGGUGCCCUGGGAUGACAUUAUCGACGUGCCUGUCACUGAGGGAACAGACAUGUCACAGCUUUUCACAGCCAUUAAAGGCAAAUCGCGCGCGAACGGAUCAACAUGUGACGACUGGAUGCUUCCCCCCGUAACGAUUCUAAGUUUGUCCGCUGAUUUUCCUUGCUUUGUCGCGACCCAGGUAGACCCCGCUAACUCGCCAGACGCCCUGCAGCGAGCGCUAGAGAGGCGACAGGACCUCCUCAACAGAUUAAGGGACGAAAAAUUGAACGAGAAUAGAACACCGUCUCCUAUGUACCGGCCAAGGUCAUAUGGGGGUCACAGACAUAGGAGACUACUGACGCCCAUCCGGACUGCCCGGUCUCUACCUGACAUACAGGUCUACCGUCCCGAACCUAUGCCGCACAGACAGAUAGUGGAGCACCAGAUUACGUCACAGAUCCCGCCUCCACCUCCUCCACCCCCUCCGCAACCUCAGCCAGUGGUACAACCCAUCGUGAACCAGAUGCCGCAGCCAAUCGUCAACCAGGUCCCGCAGCCGAUAGUCAACCAGAUCCCGCCGCAGAACCCGCUCAUACAUAACGUCUACCCGCCAGCUGCGCCAGAGACAAGAAACUCCGCCUUCCUCAACAGGAAUGACAUGGUUGACAUGAUGAUGAUGCAGAACGCACAGAUGCAUCAGAUCGUGAUGCAGCAGAUGAUGUUCCAGCACCUGCCCAUGAAGCAGGGCCUGCCGCAGCAGCAGGUGUCUUUGCCCGUACAGGUGAUGCAGGAGCCCCCGGCGCCGGUGGUUGUCCAGGCCCCGGGAGGAGGAGGCAAGCGUCCCCCGUCCGUCCACCAUCAUCACCACUACUCCUCCGUGCAGCAGCCCGCCGUGCAGUACCAGGCCGCGCCGCAACCUGUCGUCAGCCACAUCACACAGCUCCCGCCGCUACAGCCGAGGAGGGUAUACCGGAACAUCCCGCCGCCCCCACCCCCAAGCGCAACACAAACGGUCGGUCCCGAUUACCAACCACAGACAGCCAAGACGAAAACGCCGGUGAGAAAACGCCCUAAGCCGAAGCAGCCGACCCCGACCCCCACCCCUCGCCAGCCCAGCCCGGUCAGACCUAGAACUGUCACCACUCCGCCUAAAUCUAAAGAAACGCCAGCACCAAAGCCACCAACUCCACCGCCUCCAGCGAGGAAAAUCCCGUUUCCCGGACCACCUCUCCUCAGGAAGCUCAGACAUAUCUUCUACGCCGCCUGGUUUGUAGCUUUUCUUAAGGCGCAGCAGAAAAAGAAUCGAGAAAAGAGACUAGAAGAAGAGUUCCUGUUUGGCAUUCACCUGAAGGAAGCCGUGUCAGCCCUGCAUAGGAUAUACCUAAAUCCGGAAGGCCCUGUGAACGAGAUUUUAAGAACGGCCGUCUUGGACGGAACCAUAGAUACAAAGCGUGACGCUCGAGGCUCUGUUGUGGAGUUUGUGGACUCCAGACAAGCCAUUCCUCAGGUCUGCUACAUCAUCGAAAACCUCACCUACAACAUCACCGAGAUCAUGGCUGAGCUGGAGUUUGAUGCUCUGGACAGAACAGUUCGAGUAAAUAAGCGCAGGGCGGCCAUGCUGGUCAUUGGCAUGUACUUGUCCAGGGGACUCAUAACCACGUUACUGAUGAAGCCACUAGACUACGGUCUGUCCACAACAAUGCUGGAUGAUGUUGGGGAGAGGAACUUAAAACUUCUGGCCACACUGUUCCUAAACCUCGUCCGGAGGGCAUCAGUGCCAGCCAAGGAACAGCCAUGGCCAGUGCCUGUGGAACUGCAGCGCUUCAUCUUCUCAGAUGAAGAGAUGCGGCAGAUCUACGGCAACAGCAAAGUCAAGAAAAGUCUGGAGUAUGCAGAGAAACUGUUACGAGACUGGGCAGAGGAAUACGUCAAGCGACUCAUCAAAGCGAGAGAUCCAGAUGAUGAGUAAAAAAACACAGCCGAUCAUCAGCUAUUCACUGUAAUUGAAAGCCAAUAUAACUUACAAAUUCUUUCCAAAAGUGCUGUUCAGUCACUAUGUUCGCUAACUUGCUAUCAAGAAACACCAGAGGUCUGUAUUACAAAUUUACACCAUAAGUACAAUUUGUAGAUUGCAGCAUCUUACAGCAAAUUUUUCAAUGUAAAUACUGUACAGCAAUUCUUGUGUGUCAGAAUCACAUGUACAUAAGGGGAGAUAAACCAUUAGAGCAUACUAGUAUCGUGCUUUUGUACUGUGAUUAUACAGAGGGGAUGUCUCAAAACAUCCUCUACACAUGGAGCAACAGUGAUACCUUCAGUCAAAACGUACCAAAGGAAAGCCACAUACAUGUUUCUAUAAGCCAUGUAAAUAUACCUAUUCUAUUUCAUUUUGUAAAGUUUGGAAUAUCAUUUCAAAAUGUGUUUGAAUUCAUUCUUUCACACUUAAAGAUAGAGUGAUUAACAUGUCUUAUUAUAAAAAUGCAUUUAUGAAACCAGUCAGGCAGUUCACUGCACCCUUGACGGCAAUACACGUGUAUAUGUAUCAGAUGAAAGCCAUUACUAAAUUAAUGAUUGUUGCAUAUCAAACUUUCAGAAAUACCACAACAGUAUAAUCAUUGUGUAAAUAUAUAGUGCAGACAAUAAGAUAAU